AUGCGUGAAAUUGUAAGUCUCCAAGCUGGUCAGUGUGGUAAUCAAAUUGGUGCCAAGUUUUGGGAAGUUAUCUCUGAUGAACAUGGAAUUGACCCCACUGGUACCUACCAUGGAGACUCUGAUCUUCAGUUAGAAAGAAUCAAUGUGUACUACAAUGAAGCAACUGGUGGCAAAUAUGUUCCACGUGCAGUCCUGGUGGAUUUGGAACCAGGUACCAUGGACUCUGUCCGAUCUGGUCCUUUCGGCCAGAUUUUCAGACCAGACAAUUUUGUAUUCGGUCAGAGUGGUGCUGGUAACAACUGGGCCAAAGGUCAUUACACAGAAGGUGCAGAGUUGGUAGAUUCUGUAUUAGAUGUUGUCCGCAAAGAAGCAGAGAGUUGUGAUUGCCUACAGG